AUGUGUGUUCAAUUUUCUAGGAUUAAUGAGGCUAAUAUUUCGUUUUUCAACAACUGCCUAUAAUAUCGGGGAUUUUGUGCAUGGGACAUUAAAUACACUUAUUGGUAUGAAAUUCUAUUGCUUCUGCAAGCUCUGUCUGCUGGAAUAAUAUUUCAAAGAUGCAGCCCUGAGCUGGCUUGAUUGUUGGAAGUUCGAAGGUAAACGAUUGCCCGGUCACAGAGCAUGAUGGCAUUAAAACAUCAGCAUUUCGGAUUGACCUUUCUCGUCAUUGCGUUGGUAACCCAGAUAGAGCAACACCAUUCUUGCGUUACUGAUGAUUUGGUUACCGGCCAAAGUUUUACCGUGAGAAAUACAAACAUAGAAGAGACAGUUGAAAAACCACAUAUCGGUCAUUUGGAACUUGAAAAUAGCAAGAUUUCACAACUAGAAGAAGAUCCUAAGGAAAAAACAUCGAUUCCACGAACGGAGGACACGACUAAAGAAAAAGACGGCACUUCUUCUGUUACAAAAAGUCCGACAACGAACUUAGCCUCAACCACCGGAGCAGUCAACACUACCACUUCCCGUGCUGCAAUAAGUCUGACAACAAGUACAACCGCAACCAUGGUCGACGCCACCACUUCUCAUGCCACAAUAAGUCCAACGACAAGUAAACCUACAACCACAACCACUGUCGACACCACUACUUCCCGUGCUUCAACAAGUCCGACAACAAGCACAACCGCAACCAUGGUCGACACCACUACUGCUCAUGCUAUAAUAAGUCCGACAAUAAGUAGACUCACAGUUGGCACCACUACUUCUCGUGCCACAAUAAUUCCGUCAACAAGCACAACAAUCAUAGUCGACACCACUACAUCUCAAGAUACAAUAACUCCGACAACAAGUAGGCCUACAACCGCAACCACUGUCGACACCACUACUUCUCGUGCUACAAUAAGUCCGACUGUAACAAGCACACCCGCAACCAUGGUCGACACCACUACUGCUCAUGCUACAAUAAGUCCGACAACAAGCACACCCGGAACCAUGGUCGACACCACUACUGCUUAUGCUACAAUAAGUCCGACAACAAGAACUGUCACAACUAGCAAAGAAGCUGACACGACUACUUCCCCCGCUACAAAAAGUCCUAAAACAAUCGCAAUCACUGCCACAAAAUAUGUCGGUACUCCUACUAGCUCUACUUUAAGUUUUACAUCAAGCAAACCCGACCCUACUACGUUUCGGUCCACAAGAAGUCCGACAAUAAUCACAGCUACAACCGGUAGAGCAGUCGACACUACCACCACAAUCCUGCCAAUAACCACAACCACACAAGUCACCAUUUCCCCAGCCUCUGAUACAACCUCCUCCCCAGCCGCAAACUUGUACACACCAGUGUUUUAUGAAGACCUGUAUUAUGCCGAGGUUGAGGAAAGUUCCCCGGUCGGUACGACCCUUUUGACGGUGCAAGCGAUGGACUGGGAUGAGGGGGCAGCCGGGGUGAUAAUGUACAACAUAUCCAGUCAAACUCCGGACGGUGAAGCGUUUGGCGUGCAUCCCGAGACCGGAGUUGUUGCUCUUCGGCGAGAGUUGGACCGGGAGGAGAAAGGCCGUUAUGUUAUGAAUGUAACGGCAACCGACAAAGGGCAACCACAACGAAUGGCCGUAGCUGUGCUGGAAAUAGUCGCCUUAGAUAGCAAUGACAAUGUGCCGAUUUUUGAUCAGGUUAGAUAUGAGAGUGUCGUCAGUGAAGAUACCCACUCGUAUAGUCGAGUUCUUCACGUCACUGCAUCGGAUAAAGAUUUAGGACGAAACAGUGAAAUAACCUACACACUAUCCGGUAACCAUAGAAACAAAUUUACCAUCGAUGACAAAAGUGGACUUAUCCGCACUCUUGGAUCCCUCGAUCGUGAGAGGGUAUCGCACUACAACUUUCUGGUCAUCGCAACCGAUCGUGGCAUACCAAGACAAGAAGGGUUUGCAGAAAUCUACAUCCGGGUGGGUGACGUCAACGACAACCCACCGAAGUUCCCCUCUGACACGAUCGACCUCGUGGUUCCUGAGAACAACUUGCCCUUUGACCUGAUCGGCCAGGUCACCGCGACCGAUGCCGACGAGGGACCGAACGCCAUCAUCUUAUACGCGUUCGUGCAACGCGUGCGCCAGAGCUGGUUCCAGAUAGACCGGCGGACCGGGGUUGUCCACACCCUGUACCGGUUCGACCGGGAGAAACGGGCCGAGUACGAAGUCACCGUCAGGGCGUCGUCUGGACGGCUCUUCAGCGACGUUCGCUUGGUCAUCCACAUCGGAGACGAGAACGACAACGCACCGAUAGUUCCAGCCAGCCAGGUCAUCUUCUACAACUUCUACGAGGGAACUAUUGGCUAUAAUAUUAUCGGCAAGGUUGGGGCUCUUGAUAAGGACGUCGGUGACUCCUUGAACUACCACCUACUCGCCAGUGCGGUGUCCCUUGGGAUAGGAGACAGGAGGCGACCAGGGGGUCAAUAUGGUGUUAUCAAUCAAAGAGUUGGUGUAAGCUUCUCUGUGGACCAGACUACUGGGACUAUCUAUGCCUAUCACCAAGAACCUUACUCUGAAUUCAAGCCAUUGACUGGGCAUCUGACAGUUAACGUUUCGGAUGGCAUUAAUAGUGUUACCUGCAACUGUACGAUCUACAUGAAGCAAGUCACAUAUACAACAUUCAAGAACAGCAUCUCAAUGCGACUCCGUAUCCGCUCAGACAGAGAGACUUUCCUCUCCCGUCACCGAGACCUCCUAGCAACCAUCGCCGACAUCUUCCGAACAGACGAGGAGCUCGUCACCUUCUUAAUCCGCAGAGGUUUGAAUGAUCAAGACCAUGGAGUUACCACCACGGAAGCACCGAUGUUGAGGGUGUCUCUAGCCGUCAGGCGACGGGACGGGACGAUCAUUCCAACGGAUGAGCUCCAGUCGAUGAUCUACCUCGAAGUGGAACGCCUUCGGACUCUAGUCGACAUGACUCCCGAUUCUAUCCGAUCACUGUGUCUUCUCCGGCCCACCGUCACCAAUACAUCGAGUGUGGUUGCACCGGUCGCACUUGGACUGACCUAUGUAUCUUUCAAUGUUGUUCUUCUAACACACUGCCAGGCAUCACAGGGAUCAUGCACAUCCGUGUCGUGUGGCAAGUUUGAGGAGUGCUUGGAUGUGAAAGAUGGAUUUAGAUGUCAGUGUUUAUUUUCAGUAGGCAACGGUACCUGCCAACCUCCGUUUCCAGCCGGUACUUGCCCAGAAGCAAUUUGCAAUAGACGCGGGACGUGUACCGUGGACGAAGCGGGGGAAGUAAACUGCUUGUGCAGAGACCACACGAGAUACGACGGUCCACACUGCGAGAUGACAACGCGCAGUUUUACCGAUGACUCUUUCCUGGCAUUCAAGCCGUUGGGGCGUAGUGAGAGGAAAUUCCACAUCACGUUACGAUUCAAGACCGCUAAACCGAACGGUAUCUUACUGUACAAUGGUCCGUAUCUAAGAGGGAGGGGCGAGUCCAUCGCACUCCAGAUCGUUGGUGGCCGGCUACAGUUCAUCAAGUCUAGCAGGAUGGGCACCAGUGUAGUCAGUGCGUCCAUUGCAACUGACGUCAGUGACGGACGCUGGCAUGAUGUUUAUGUUAACAACGUAGGAGGGAAUAUUCUUCUUGGCAUAGAUGGAUGUAUCGAAGACGCUGCACAUUGGAACAUAGAUAAUGCUGAUGCAUCAUGUAUUGGCAUUGGGUGGCUCGAAAAACAACCCAGAACACAAUUCAUCAAUCUGAACGGACCAUUGUUUCUCGGAGGUCUGCCUUCCUUCGUGACGACAACUCAGGUAACCUCCGCCCACUUUGAGGGAUGUCUCAACGCCGUCCAAUUCAACUCCAAAGUUCUCGAUUUCUCAGUUCGACUCAAGAAUGUCGGCACGUCACCGAGGUGCAAGAGAAACGAGACAGUGGAGACCAAAGUCAAAGUACCACGUGCAGUGAAGUCACUGUCAGCUCGCUCUAGAUUGAGAUCCCUCGUCGUCAAGUGGAGCCCGCCAAAACAUAAAUCGGAACAAUUGAUUGGCUAUCAGCUCUCCCACGUGGAAGUGAACGAUGUGGGUGAGUCAAUAUCAGAUACUUGGACAGUGAUGAUUAACGGCCCAGUGCAGUCCAGUUACACGAUCGAAAGGCUCACACCAAAUACACGUUACAAAGUCACAAUCAAGGGAUAUUCCACAGCUGGGUUUGGCGAGUCUAGUACAGUUGAUGCAACUACCAAAGCCAAUCGUAUCCGUUAGUUAUGUCUUUGCAUGUGUAAAUAACAACUAUACGUAAACAAAAACUGUGUUUUACACAUUUUUCCUCCAUGGUUUUACCAUUACAAGUUUAUUAUGACAGUAAGAUAUGGAGUUAAAAAAAAAAAAAAUUAAGAGUAAUUAAGCCAUCCAAAACAUUUUUUUUGUUUCAGUAACUGUCAUGCUGGCUA